AAUCUCCUUUAUGUUGAAAGUUGGUGUGUAAGUUCACAUUAAAUAACAGAUUUUAAUAAUUUUUUUAUUAAAUAAGGAAAUUAUGACAGACAUUAUAGCUGAUGCAGCGUCCGUCACAGUGUCUCGCCAAACAUUGAGUAGCAGCGUAAAUAAUGUUGAUUCUGACAACAGCCGCUUUGUGAUUUCUAAAUGUAGAAGAAAUCCCAAUUCUACGGCACUUGAAAAUAAUAAUGAAAAUGAAGAAACAACUGAAGAUUCUGAAGUCGAAGAGCGUUUGCUGGCCGUCUACUGCCGGUCAGGGAAACUCGGCGCGGCCUGUUACACCCUUCAGACAGGAGAGCUAAUGGUCCUAGAAGAGAUAGUGGACCGCGCACCAGACUUCCAAAUGUUUGCUAACCUGUACCGCCAGAUACAACCAGCGAAGGUCUUGUUGGAAGGGAAGUCUCAGGGGGCUUUCGUUGUCAAAGUGAAGCAGACUGUGUUUGACAGUGAUUCAAGUGGCAGGGGAAACUGCAAGUUGAUAUUUGUGUCGGCUAGAGAAUUCAGUUUCGAAGCCUGCAAACGUCGCAUCUACACUCUCUCUCUUCCCAACGAACCGGCCAACUGCACGGAGGCAGAACGCACAAUAUUCAUCAGAACCGCAGUCAACUUCUCCCAGACUCAAAGCGUCCAUGCCCUGGGAGCUCUGCUGAGGUACUUGGACCUGAACUGGUCGAGUUUGAGUAUGGAGUUGCACAGCAAGCCGCAGUUCUUGAGCAUUACAAAAAUAUCUUUGGCAGACAUAGUAACAAUGGAUGAGGACACGUACAGUGGCCUGCAGAUCUUCAGCUCAGUCUCUCAUCCCAGCAACUUCAAGAAAGGCGUCCAGGGCAGCAACAAGGAAGGCCUAAGUUUGUUCCAAGUCUUCAGCAAGUGUAGCUCUAAGGUUGGCCAGAGUAGGAUGAGAAUUUUCCUUCAACAUCCAACGAGAGAUCUCAACACUCUGAAGCGUAGACAGGACGUAGUGGCAUUCUUCAUGAGACCCCAGCAUGAACCACUCAUGAAGAACAUCUGCUCUUCCUUGCGGUUCAUCAAGAAUGUGAACGGUAUAUUAGCAAAGAUAAAAGCACUUUCAGCUAAGCCAUAUCAGUGGAAAUCGUUAUAUAAUACUCUCUACAAUGCGGUACUAAUUUGUGAGAUGUGUGAAGGAGCAAAUAAUACAAGCGAAUUUUUGGAGGAACUCGCCUCCUGUGAUAACAACAAACUUUAUGAAAUGGCGUUAUACAUGAACAGAAUAAUCGAUUUCGACUUGUCCAAAUCAGAAGGAAAAUUUACUGUAAAAGCUGGCGUAGACCCUGAGCUAGACAGAAAAAAACAAACUAUGGCAAGCCUGCACGGACUGAUGUCAGAAACAGCCAAGAUAGAGUUGGGGCGGCUGCCAGAGUUCAUACAGGAAUGCACCAUGCUGUACAUGCCACAUCUAGGGUACCUGCUCGGAGUGAAGGCCUGGGCGGACAACUUGACGCCACAGCAGAAGGAGUUGCCUGAGAUGAAGUUCAUGUUUCAAAAUAACGACUACAUCCAUUACAAAAGCAAGGGUUGUGAAGAACUAGACGUGAUGAUUGGUGAUGCUUAUCCAGAAAUCGUAGCCCAUGAGACUCGCAUUAUGAUGCGGCUCACUGGGAUAGUUCUAGAACACUUGCAUACAUUGGCUACUGUAAUCGACAAAUGUGCCGAACUGGAUUGCCUUAUAGCAAUAUCGAAGGUCAGCAAAGAGCACAACUUCGUCCGACCUACGAUGACCACAGACAAAAAUAUUAGCAUAAAGCAAGGCAGACAUCCUCUAUAUUCGAUGACCUGCGAGAGUUACGUCGCUAAUGACGCUGAAAGCAACCUGGAAGCGGGGCUUGUGAAGAUUCUAACUGGACCGAAUUCUAGCGGAAAGUCUGUAUAUAUGAAGCAAAUCGGUUUGAUAGUAUACUUGGCUCAUAUCGGCAGCUUCGUGCCGGCAGAGUCGGCGACUAUCGGCGUAGUCAGCCACAUCCAUUCCCGCAUUCAGUCCACAGAGUGUGUCGCAGCACAUAUGUCCGCCUUCCUCAUCGACCUUCGACAGAUGGCAUUAGCCCUCCAAGAAUCAACAUCGAACUCCCUCAUAAUCAUAGACGAAUUCGGCAAAGGCACCUCCGAAGUUGACGGCCUGUCUCUAUUGGCGGCGUGUCUCAACACCCUCCUGUUUCAGAACGAAAUGUGUCCACACGUAAUUUUGUCGACACACUUCCUUAACCUGAAGGAGUAUAUUGUGGAUACGCCGAUCGUCAAGUUUUUGAGAUUCGAGCACAUGCUCCAAGACGGCGAACCAGUAUUUCUCUUUCAAGUAACAGAAGGAACGGCUGACAGCAGUUUUGCCCAUCACGUCGCCGCAGCCAGUGGAAUAGAAUCCAGGGUCGUUGACCGCGCCAGAGCAGUCAUGGCCGCUAUGAUGAAUAACACGUUGCCUCCAGCGAACAAGAAGAUAACAUCCAAAUUGAGAACAUUUACAGAGGCAAUAAAGAAUGAACUUCUGGUAGAAGAUACUAAUUCAUAAAACAAUAUACUUAAUUGUAUUUUUUUUAUCGUUUUAUUAUAUCAAAAUAACUUGCCUUCAGCCGAAUUAAGUCAACUAUAGCAAAUCAUCCA